GAGCCACUUCUCCUGGAAGGAGAGUUACUACCGAUCAGCCAUGUCCCAGAGCUCUCAGCCCAGGGAAUUCCUCAGCCCAGAGGUAAUCCAGCAUAUCUGGGACUUCCUGGAACAGCCAAUAUGCUCAGUUCAGCCAAUCGAUUUAAACUUCAUCGAUGGCCCAUCUGAAGAUGGCUCCACAAACAAAAUUGAGAUCAGCAUGGAUUGUGUCCGGGUGCAGGACACGGAGCUGAAUGACCCAAUGUGGCCGCAGUACACGAACCUGGGGCUCCUGAACAGCAUGGACCAGCAGAUCCAGAAUGGCUCUUCCUCCACCAGCCCUUACAACACGGAGCACGCGCAGAACAGCGUCACGGCCCCCUCGCCCUACGCCCAGCCCAGCUCCACUUUUGAUGCCCUCUCUCCCUCCCCAGCCAUCCCUUCCAACACAGACUACCCAGGACCUCACAGCUUCGAUGUAUCAUUUCAACAGUCCAGCACAGCAAAGUCAGCAACAUGGACGUAUUCCACCGAACUGAAAAAGCUGUACUGCCAGAUCGCCAAGACGUGUCCCAUCCAGAUCAAAGUGAUGACCCCACCACCCCAGGGAGCUGUCAUCAGGGCUAUGCCUGUCUACAAGAAAGCUGAACACGUCACCGAAGUGGUCAAACGCUGCCCGAACCAUGAGCUGAGCCGGGAGUUCAACGAGGGGCAGAUUGCACCUCCCAGCCACCUGAUCAGAGUGGAAGGGAACAGCCAUGCCCAGUAUGUAGAAGACCCCAUCACUGGGAGGCAGAGUGUGCUGGUCCCUUAUGAGCCACCCCAGGUUGGUACUGAGUUCACUACAGUCUUGUACAACUUCAUGUGCAACAGCAGCUGCGUUGGAGGGAUGAACCGCCGCCCGAUCCUCAUCAUUGUGACCCUGGAAACCAGAGAUGGGCAAGUCUUGGGCCGCCGUUGUUUCGAAGCCCGUAUUUGUGCUUGCCCAGGCAGAGACCGCAAGGCAGACGAGGACAGCAUCCGCAAGCAGCAAGUGUCUGACAGCACAAAGAAUGGUGAUGGUACGAAGCGCCCUUUUCGACAAGGAACUCACGGCAUACAGAUGACAUCUAUCAAAAAAAGGCGUUCCCCAGAUGAUGAGCUCUUAUACUUGCCAGUGAGGGGACGGGAGACGUAUGAAAUGCUGCUGAAGAUCAAAGAGUCCCUGGAGCUGAUGCAGUACCUUCCCCAGCACACGAUUGAGACCUACCGGCAGCAGCAGCAGCAGCAGCACCAGCACUUGCUCCAGAAGCAUCUCCUUUCGGCCUGCUUCAGGAAUGAAUUCAUGGACUCAAGGAGAGACCCUCCCAAACAGACUGAUGCCAUCCUAAAACAUUCCAGCCCCCCAAACCCGUCAGUAUAUCCAUAAACCGAGCUGGCAGGGUCACUUUGCCCAGCUGGCAGGACUAGAAACAGUGGGGCAAAUACACAGCCUGAUAGCAGCAGAGUGAAUAGUGAGAGCAAACUUCUGAAGGGACUCAAACUUUGCAAAAGCAACAGACACUUCUACAGACCUCUUAGCUGUAGCCCUUAGCGUUGCGAGGUCGGGAACCACGAUGUCAUCUGUCUUGGUGUAACUUUUUUUCCCGUUUUUGUAAUGCGUUGUUACUCUUUCUUCUUACUUCUGUAUUUGUGAAACUCGGCAGGGUUUCUCUGAGCAGGUCUCAAUUUUAAAAUGCCUUUUGUCUUGUUUAAGUUAUAAAUGUGUCCAUGGACUGGGGGGAUGGAAGCAGAGGAUGUGUGUUUAAAUGGUCUGUGAUAGUCAAUUUGGCCUGUUUUAAUGCUGGUCAUGCACUAAUAGUGCACGUAGCUGAUGUAUUUGUACUGCUGGACAGGGAGAGGUAAUAAUUAUAUGAACUGGCACUGCUAAGAAAUCAAUUUUUUUUCCUGUAGAAAUGCCCUCUGCUUUGGCAUCAGGAAUUGUUUCCACUUACUUCCAACCUUAAAGGGUCUGAUAUAAAGUACAUCAAAAUUGUAAGGAAGACUGGGUGACUUUGACUUAGUACCAGCACUGCUGGCAUUGAUCCAGCUUUACUGAACUUACAAAGUUCCUCCUGACUCUAUGGGCUCAAUCUAAGUGGUGGGCUGAACUUCACCAGUUGAAUGUGUGGUUGAAUUGUAGCGACAUCCACGUGUGCCCAGUGUCCUGUCCCUUUGCAACUCAGGGUGUAAAGGGUGGAGUGUCCAAAACUUCCUAGUACCCUACCUGUGAAAAGGGGUUGGAGCUUGCCUCUUUCCUUACAUAUGUUCAGAGGUUGCUAGAUGCUGCCUUAACAUUUUCAUCAGCCCUGGUAUGUUCUGCCCCUUCUCUCCAAGCCUCAAAGGAGAGCAGUGCCAGCAUAUGUUGUAGUUGACUCAGCCAAGUGGCCUCAGGCCAUGUCCACCUUGCCCAUUAAUCCUGCAGCCAGAGGGUCUUGCUGAUUGUGUCCAUGAAGUGCAUCUGGGUUUAGCAAUUCCUUCACAGAAGACCUUUUCUGAGCAAGGACUUGUAAAUUCUCACACUGCUUCUAUCAAACUCUGUCUCUGAAAGCCAUUCAUAUAGGGUUUGGCUAGGCAGGGAGGAGGGGUCUGCAUCAAGCCCCGACUGUCACAAGAGAGGAACAGUCAAUAGGCAGGUGACAUGCCAUGCAGUUAACCUGGCCAUGUUGAGCAUGGCACUGGGUGUGGAUACUUGCAGUGAGGCAGGAGGGAUUUGAGGGUAGACAUUUUGCCCACUGAGAGGUGCUCAGACAUCUUUACAUGAAGAGCAGCCCCUGAUGCUGGGAGGGAAGGGUACUUCAACACACACUCUCAGGCAUUGCUUCUGAGGAACCCUCCAAUGUUCACAGGAGCAAGAAAUAGAAAUGUGAGGAAGUUACUGAAGGUAUACCAGGAACAGUGGCUGGGGAGCAGAGCUCAGUUGCAAAUGCCACUGAUCAGCAGCUUCUGAGAAACUUGGGAGGCUCUGUCAAUCCUGCUGGGGACCUGUGUGCCCUGCAGUGCAGUCUGUGCUGGAUUUAUUUGGGGUAGAUGCAUACGCAGCUCUGACAAACUCGUGGUUAGGCAGUGUGAAGAGAGGGUGCCUCCCAAAUGUGUAGUGGGCCUCCUGGCCACCCACCAAGGGAAAAAAGCUUGAUGCAGUUGGAGAAGAUGCUUAAUUCUGAUCGUUCCCAUCAUCUGCUUCCAGGCAGCAGAGCGGGGAUCUGAGCAGGUGGUGACUCGUAUUAACAUCUCCUUUGAGAGCUGUAUCCUGUCUCUGGGUAUCUUCAAUGUCUUACCAAGACUUGCUCUACUGUAGCACUGUGGAGGAGGGCUGAUGGAAAAGAGCCCCCAAAAUUGGGAUUAAGUAUAUAAGUAAUAGCUAAUUAAACACUAGCAGUGCCUCUUUCAUACAGUUGCACCUCUACCAUCAUUCUUCGUGUAAAGCUAAUCAAAAUCAAGUGCCUCUUUACCUUCCCUGGAAAUUCCAGGAAGUUCUUUAAGAUAACAAAGCAGGUCACUAUGAUUCUGUGCUUUUUUAUUUGGGUAAAGAAAGGCAGUGUGAUUCCUUUCCCUGUCAGAGGUGGGAAUCUGAACUGUGAAUGCAGCCCAGAUGUAGGAUUAUGCUUGGCACUGUUGUCUGUUCUUCCAGUGAAGGUUUAUUCCUGGAUUUUUGCCUUGUCUGCUUCUGGAUGGCAAUAUGGAAAUACUUUGACAGGGGAAUACUGAUCUGUAUCUAGAGCUCUGCUCCUGGGCCUGUCCACCAGCAAGGUUGAGGAGGCAGCCCACCAGAAGAUAGAAGGCAUCCACAGCCUGCACUGGAAGAUUCCAGUUCAUCAUUUGGUGUGGCCUCUAGGAAAUCUGUUGUACUGUAAUGGGCAAUACAACAUCUGAGAAUUCCACUAAACAAGAACAUAAAUUAUUUGAAUUCUGUUGUUUCCUGGAAAGCCUUUCUGAUUUGUCCUACUUGGCUAUAAGAGGAUGAUGAUUGUGAAGCUGAUCUUAGUGGUGACUUGAUUUGCUUUCCAUCUACCAGGUGGUUAUAUUAGAAGGUGCUAUUCUUUUUUUCUUUUAUCAAAUACCUGGAGCUGAAAGCAAUUUGAGUUGCUUUGUAGUCUGUCCUGUGCAGAUAAAAUGAGAACUUUUCCCAGCUGUCUUUUCAUUGCUUCUUUACCAUCUCUGUGUCUUCAGGAAAGUAAACCUUUUCCUUUCAAGGAAUAAUAACCAAGUGGACUAAUUGGGCCUUAUCAGUCAGUCAGGUUGUAUCAGUCUGUGUCAACUACUUGGUGUAUAUCCACUCCCUGUAUUACAGCUCCAUUCCCUGGAGAGCAGGUUGCAUCCACGGCUUGCCUUGAGAAAUUCCCAUACCUAGAAUCUAAGGGGAGUCAUCAUUGCCCUCCCGUCCCUGUGCUGUAGUUCCUGUCUGCCCAGUAACUGUUGGAGCUCCUCCUUUCCAUGCUCCCAGUGAGGUACCAAGCCUACAAACCACUGGUGGGAUUUCCAGGUGCACUGUUGUUAGCUUUAGAAUAGCAGCAGUUGGGGUGUGGGGAGCAAGGGCAUCUCUCUGCUUUUUAGUGUCCUGCUCCUUCAUGGGCCUUCAGAGCAGCUGAGUGCAACUGAGCAUCAUCUGUGUCACUUGUGUGCCAUUAUUAGACUACAUCAGUGACACCCCAGUGUCAGUGAUGGGAAACCUUGCUUUGAAAACCAUUGUCAGUGAGCACGUUGGCCUCAUAUGAACUCGGGAUGUGAUCCUUGGAGUGGCUACUGAAAGGGAGUGCAGACACAGAACUGGAAGCUCUGAUUCUACUCUUGUGUCUCUGCACUGACUGGCUCUGGGUCUUCAGGGACAGCAAACUGUAGGCACAGGGGCUUGGGUGAAAUCUUAAACUCUGAGCCUGAGCUGUCCAGUUGCAUUAAAUGAACCUUUGAUGUCAUUUUCAUUAAGGCUGCUUACAUGGCUGUGUGCUCCUCUGGUGAACGAGGAUUCUGGUCUGCUCAAUCAGGUAAUUGGUCUAUCCCAGCAGUUUGCUACCUCUGGUGAAGAGCUGGUAUCCAGUGAGCUGGGAAAACGUAGUUAUACGAGGUAGCCUGUGAACUGAACUUUGUUCAUAUAUGGGAGAAGAAGGAAGUUCCUUCCUGACCUCUUGAGAUGAUCGGUAUAUGCCUUGAAGCAUGAGAAACUGAUUGCCCUCCUAUGAGCUUGCAUAACUACAAAUGUUAUUUGCUAAAUAAUUACAUAGCCUCUUGAAGAGAGAAAACUCAGUUGCAGAUUGUGACUCAGUGCCUUUUGUAUCAGACUGUUCCAAGAAGUAUAAUAAUCUCUUAAUUGAAGUCCGUAUACGUUGAUAUUAAAAUGCAUUUCAUUGGCAUUGAUAUCAAAGAAAUGUUAGUGCUCUGACUUCUAAUCUUUCUUGAGACAUAGUAAGUACAAUUUUAAUGAAAAUCACUGUGCAUGACAUUCUUAUAUCUGUUUUUAAAAAUGGAGGAAAAAAAGCAAUACAUUUUAUAUGGAUCCUCAAACACCAUGUAGUCCUUGUGCUUAAUACCAAAAACAUUUUCUUGUGUUUCUAAGGCUCUUGCUAUAUUGAUGUGUGACAUUAAUUUUCAAUAAAAUUUUGUAUCUUGGUUUAUCUUGUGACUUUUCUUCGGGUAGAUGGCUUUCUGUAGGCCUUUUAAACAUCUGCUCAUGUGAUGGAAUAGCUUGGUUGAAAGUGGUAUGGGUACAAAGAAAAAUGCUUGUUUUCUGUUUUAUUCCCUUGAACUUGAUUGUGUUAAUCUUGACUCUUAGAGUGGAGUCCCUAAGCUGUACGUUCAAGUAUGCAUUUGUUUUCUAAAGCUUUGGGUUGGCUUGUGUUUGAUUGGUUUUUGUUUUUCUUUUAUCCCCAAAGUAUUUUGUAGUCUCCUAAUUAGCUUUGCUGAGAUAACUGUUGGUGGCAGAGGGCAGAGAUAGGCCCACUACUCCCCUCAAACAGUGCAACUCAGGCUCUUUUGGGAAGCCUUUGUUGAUUUGAUUUGGAAUUUCGCUGUGUUCAUUGACAUCCUCACUUGCAGAUCGUGCAGAUUUUGCUGUAAGAGACGCUUCAGGUGUGUAUUAACUUCAGCUGAAGCUCAGUUAAGAUAAGUGUCUGAACCUGUGAAGUAGAAAUACUCAUUGGUCCUAAAUCCAGAAGCCUCUUAGGCUAAGGGUGGUGUCAACCUGAUUUGAAUUUCAUGGCUGGCCUCAACUUUCAUAAUUGGGGAAUUGAAACCUCAGAUCUGAAUCAUUCCCUUCACUCUGAAAAGUUGGGUCUGACCUUCAUGGCUCGGUUUCACUUCCCCUUGGGAGUUGCUGCCAUUGUUAAUAUUAAUUUGUGAAGCUUCUUGUGCUUUCCACUUCCUUGAGUCUGUGAAGCUUGCCGGAUCUUGUCCUGCAUCUUCACUGCCAAAGGACAGUUCACACCCUUCUGUACCUCCUGUAAUUGUGUAAUUAGGUAACAUUUCUUCAGGGCCUUAGAUACUCUAGCCUGUUAGCAUAGAUGUUUUCUCCACCCAACACUGCAAGUCUUGAAAGUGCAGGAAGCUGGAGACAAUGUAAUUGUGUGGAACUUGACCUUGAGUGCUGAAGGUUUUAAUAAAUUACCUAGGAAUAAGACUUUUCUUUCCUUUUACACUUUGCUUAUUUGGAGUAAUAAUUAUUCUAUUUGCAUAGAAGAAAAGCCAGUUCCCAGGAAUUGAUGUAACCAGUUACACCCAGAUGGAAACAAGUUUCCCAAUGGGAAAUAAGAUGGGAAUGUGCCCUUGGACAUUCACCAUGGGGGUCAGUGUGAUACGAGUGCGGGGCGACCGCUGCUCUGCAGGGUGACCAGGGCUUGAGGGUACUUGUGCCUGGGAAGCGUGGGGAUGCAGGCACAUUUCCCAAACCUUUGCCCAGGCCUACAAAUGCCCCUGGUGUCAGAGAGAGAAAAACCUGCUCCCUUGUGGCAUGGCAGUGCUGUGCCAAUUGUGCUGUUGGACCAGCUUGAAUGAUAAUUUCCUGCAUAUCCCACAUAAGACCCCACUCCAGAUGGGAUGCUGCAGCCGUAACUCGAUCUGGGAGCUGGGCUGCCGUUCAGAAGCAGCCCAGUCUUGGCAGUCUGGAUCUCUUACAUGGUGGGACUGCAGCUGGGACCCUUGGGGCUGGGCAGCAGGGAGCUCUGGCAAACAUCUCUGGCUCACUCCAUGAAUAUGCUGGAUGGAGUUUGGGGCUGGAGGGACCUGAGGGAGGCUAGUGCUGUUGUCAGGUGGUAGCAGGAACCUGAUCCUCUUUGCAAGCAGCCUGCAGGGUUUGGAUACCAGCUUUGCCUUAACACUGACAAAAGCUGCCUGUUGGCAUCCCAGGCAGUUCUGACCAUCUCAGCAGUGGUCCUUGAACUGCAUAGAAUCUGUCUUGAGCAAAGAGCCUCUGGCUGUUAGAUACACACCUGAGAACAGCCUGAUUAUAUGAAUAACUAGAAAUUUUGGGAAAAACAAGGUGAUAAGUAUGACCCGAUCUGAAAAUUGUUUCUGCAGUCAGGUUUCAGGGGUAUUUAGGAUGGUUUGAGGUGUUCUUGUUCUUAUGAAGAAGUCUUUGACCACAAGGAGAGUUUAACUUAAAAAUACUCUUCAGAUCUUUGCAGAUGUUUGUUGGCUCUCCGUAUAUUCUUUUCAACUGAAAAAGUUGCAUAGACACUUCUCCUUGAAUAAAAAGUUUCAACCAAUAGUUAAGCUUUCCUUUUUUUGGUAUUUCACUUUUUUAAAGUGAAAUAAGUGCCCAGAAUACCUGGGAAACUUCUUAUUUCCUGUUGACUCAUUCUCCAGUGAUCUUUAUCUGUGAUGCUCCUAUGGUGUCAGUGAUUUCACUGGCCAUGUGGCCCCUUGGGUGCACACUCUGAACAAGCAGCUGCUGUGAUGCCUGUGCUAACAUCUCCUUGGU